AGGCCGGUGCCGUCGGCGCCUGCGGUCCCCGGGCCGCCCCCGUCACCGCCGGGCGCGCAGUAUGGGAUGCCCGUGAGCGGCGGAUCGCUCUUCCAUAGGGGCGGCCGUGCCUGUGCCCGUGCGCGGCGGGGGGAGGCCGGGCGGCGCGGCGGGCGGGGCCGGUGCGGCAGCAGGAUGUCACCACCUUGCCAUACCUCUGCUGUGCUGGUAGUCUUUAUGGCCCUUGCUGUCGGUGUAGGGGCUGAACAGUCGAAAGAGAGGAGCUGUGAUGUGGUUGGUGAAAAAAGCAGCGAGUCGCAAAUGGAAAGAGCCCUGCUGAAGAAACUAGAGCCCCUGAGCCAAAUGAGGUUUAACGUGACUGUGGAGAAAGGCAAAACAGAAAAUUACGUCUACCAUUUCAGGGUGUGCAGGGAGGUCAACAGCACCUCGCAUGAUUUUGGUGGCCUGGUGCAAACAGAUAGACUGAAUGGAAAGACCGCAGUGAUAGGAAGAAUCAAUGAAACCCAGGUCUUCAAUGGAAGUGACUGGAUCAUGCUGAUUUAUAAAGGAGGUGAUUCGUAUGGCAGUCACUGCAGUGGUGAGAAGAGAAGAGCUGUGAUAAUGAUUUCUUGCAAGCGGGGAGUUACAGCGAGUUCAUUCAGCAUUAUUUCAGAAGAGCGGGAAAAGGAGCAGGACUGUUUCUACCUCUUUGAGAUGGACAGCAGCGUGGCUUGUCCAGCUGAGGAUUCCCACCUCAGCGUUGGCUCCAUUCUACUGAUCACGUUUGCUUCACUGAUUGCAGUCUACAUCAUUGGUGGGUUCCUCUACCAGCGCCUUGUAGUGGGAGCAAAGGGCAUGGAGCAGUUUCCUCACUUUGCCUUUUGGCAAGAUCUGGGCAAUUUGGUGGCGGAUGGCUGUGACUUUGUCUGCCGAUCUAAGCCUCGAAAUGCACCAGCUGCAUACCGUGGUGUGGGUGAUGACCAGCUGGGUGAGGAGUCAGAAGAACGGGAUGACCACUUGCUACCAAUGUGAUAGGCUUUCAACACAGUUCUUUUCUCCCCAUCUCCCCAGUGCUUGUUUAGCCGGGUGCCUCCCAGCCAGUUCUCCUUCUCUCACUUCUGAUUUUCUUUACACUAUUUGCUUUUGCUGUCUCUGGUGUGUCAAGUCCCAUGGAUGCCUCUGGGUGUGAACAGCACUGGUCCCUGAUAGCAUGUCUUACGACUAUAAUACUGGUUUAGGUUUUUAAAAAUGCAGCAGAGCUGGGGCGGGGGGAAAGUGCUGAGAGUUGAGUAGAAGACAGCAAGAAGGCAAUAUGAGCGUUCAGCACCGAGCAAGAAUGGGAGAUGAAUCACUGAGAGGAAAAAAGGGCCAUGGAUGGGUCCAGAAAGGGGAAGGAAAAGGAGGCCAUGGGUUAAAACAGCUGAGACUGUAGGAGGGAUCUUUUGUGUCCCGUCCCCCCCCCACCUCCCAGGGUUUACAGGAUCUGUAAGACACUGGAAUUAUUUUUUCUUUGAAUGCAUUUUCAGCUUUUCUAGGUUCUGCACUGUUAUGCACUGUUUCUGCCAGUAUAACCUGCACAGAGUGCUCUAUGCCAGACUCUGUGGGGGUGGAAGAGGCAUUAGCACCUCUGCAGUCUUUUCUUUUCCUAAUGGCAAUAUGUUGAAGAGUACACACCAGUGUUCCUUCAACAGAUGUAAAGGGAUGCAUGCCAUCCUCUCAGACUGGAGAGGGGCAACGCUAAAAAACUACAGGAGUUAAAUACAAUCUUGUAACUUUCCAGUUCAGUCAAAAUAUUGUUUCAGUCUUCUCAAUCAUUGAGAAGCAAAAGGAAAUGAUGUGCUGCUAAGUAAAGGGAAUAUUUGCUGAAAAUGAGACAGGUAGCUGCCACUUGAGUUCUGUUACAAGCUUCCCGAGGUGACUGCCCACACAGCUCAGUCACUGUCAGCAUUGUGAUUUCAUGCUCUCCAGAAGUUCCUUGUUUGGCAGAGGGUUUUCCCAUGAAGCUACCAGAACUUAUUUUUAUAAAAAAGGAACCAUAGAAGCCAAGGAUAAGAAUGCUAUCCCAUUAAAAACUGCAUAAGGGACUCUUGUGCUUACAGGGUCAGCUUUCAUAAAUCGCUGUCCCCUUAAGCAUGGUGCAGACCUGUCUUAAGACACUUGCCCUGUGCAGAUGGAUGGUACUUAUAUACUGCUACUGGCUGGGAGUGAGAGACCUCCUCCUGGGGCCCUGGUGAAAAGCAGGUACACCUGAGUUGUAAGACUUAAUGGGAACCUUCAGGAACUUGGCACCUUAAUUCCUAAUUGCUUUUUAUUUGAGGGGCUAGACUCUAAGCAAUCCCAUUUGGCCCUGUUGUAGACUGGCAGAGAACUGUCCUCAGUCUUGAGGGCAGAGACUGUGAAUAAGCAAGCCACUACUGUUAACAGCAGAGUACAGACAAGUUUCAUGUAUUUUUAAUACUGCCAAAGCAGUCUGAACAGUGACAUUGAGGGAAAAGGGGUGGCCCUGCUUUCUUGCUGGGUUUAGAGUGGGCAAACAAUUCCUGCUUUCUUUGACUUUUGUUAUGGUCUCAAUCUUUCUCAUAACAUGGGAAAAAUAGGAAGUCACUAAGUCUGUUGUUACUGUUUUUCAUGGUGGUGUUUAAGGUAUUUUUUUUUUUUGUAUAAAACACAACUUUCAAAAAUAAAAUGACCAAAAAACCUGG